AUGGAGUCUACUAUGGAAUAUAUUAAUUCACCAUCUCCAUCUGGUUUCCCGAUGAAUCAUAUCAUGUGGGGCUUGUGUAUACCAGCGGCCUGCUCACCUCCAGCAGUCUCCAAGCUGACCAGGGUGGUGUAUGAGGCCGCCACCUUCAGCAGCAUAGCCUCUGACGUCACGGUGAAACACUGCCAGGAGGCUGGGGAGACCCUGCCAUACUCCACUGGGUUUUAUAUCUUCAUAGCAUUGGUUCUGACGCUGAAGAAUAAGACUAUCGGAUUUGUUUCUUAUGCAGUUGUUGCAGUCUUCUCUAUGGUCAUUCCUGGAGUGCUGACGUACCUGCUCCAACUUCCUGGUGUGCUUUUCUCGGAAUAUGGUAAGUACAUAAUCCGAUAUCGUGAAACAUGGGAAUUCAGCUUCAUCUACACAGCCUUCUACAGUCGCGCCAGCACAUACCUCGUGGGUGUCGCCAUGGGAUACCUCAUGCAUAUGUACAAACCUGAUGAUCAUAGGAAUUCUAUUUCGAAAAAGUGGUCUACAAUUGGUAUAGCAAUGAGUUUUAUCACAAUGUCUGUCACGAUGUCUCUUGGAUACAUACUCAAGCAACGAGGGCGGUUCCCUAUAGAAGCUUCAAUUAUUGCAGCCACCAACAGGGUCUUCUGGGCUGCAGCCAUCUGCUGCAUUAUAGGGAUGUGUGAAUAUGGAACUGUUCGUAAUCUCCAACAUCCUAAAGUGGCCCGUCUUCACACCUCUUAG